ACGCGCUCGCGGUGCACCACCGCGACGUACCACACUUCUGUCUUGCGCUCACGGCAGGCAACGACAGACUAAUAUCCGUAUAUCUCGCGGCUCGGACGUUUCAUUUCUUCGAGCGCGAUCAAGCUUAUACGCCCCACUUUAGUCACGAAGCCAUGGACCACUAUCCGGAGGUCAAACGACCAUUUCUUGACACAAGAGCUUUAUCAUCCCCGCUUGAUCACGAGUCAGAGAGCGAAUCUAGCGAAGUUUCCGGUUCAGAUACGCCUUCUCCGUCGGUCAGACCUUCUGCCCGAUCCCCUUCGUUCACUCCUCCGCACGAGGAGAAUGGGAGUUCGGAAAGGUCCCCUGAUGUUGAGCCCGAGAUUAGUAAGGGGUGGUAUGAAUUUGACCUUUCGGUCAUACUCGCGCUUGUUUCGCCCAUCGGAAACUGGUUGACAGGAGGAGAUCACGUCAAGAAUAUCCUUCUCAUUCUUCUCUUGAUAUUCUAUUUGCAUCAAAUCAUUGAAGUACCGUGGAGCCUCUAUCAUCUCUCCAGACCCAGACGUCGUUCCUCUGAUGUACCAUCCCAUCAAAUGUCUGAGGAGAAUCCCUAUCAUGAAAUUGCUUCGUCAGAGUUACGCAAACUCGAAAUUUUCUACCUGUUCCUCACCAUCUUGUCGCCGUUACUCGGAGUCGCAAUCCUUCGUGUCGUCAUCCUAUCUGUGGCUGGCCCGGAAACUAUAUCAUGGUUCAGUACCUCCCUCUUUAUCCUCGCCACCGGUAUGCGACCUUGGAAACACGCGGUAGAGCGACUCCGUCAACGCACGAAAGACUUGCAUACUGUGAUUCAUUACCCUCCAGCCAGCUCACCAGAUACGCAAUCGCAGAUCAAAGCUCUGACUGCGCGCGUCGCCGAAUUAGAGACUCAGCUGAAAGAAUGCAAUGACACCGUGAAAGCCCUCACCGAAGACGUUUUUGACCACGUGGAGGGAUCCGUCGAAGGGUUAGAGAAAUCCAUGCGCAAGCAGGAGAGGAAGAAUGAUGCUCUCUACUUGGCGCAGGAAUCAAGGCUCGCGGCGUUGGAACAGAACAUGGAAGCGUUACUGGAAAGGACAGAAAUUUCGGUGCACGGUUCGAUUCCAUCCUACAGCCUUGCUUCUGCAUUCUAUGCGACUUUGGCCGAACCACUCGCACUCGUCUUUCCAGAGUGGGCACGCAGCUCUCGCCGGGGUAAACACCCACCAUCUCCUCGCUCUUCCCCAAAAAUCGGACAUUCCCGUAUUCCCACUAAGCUUGAGACGAUACCAGAAGGUGCCACUUUUACACCGAGGAGAGCUCAAUACCGCUUUCCCUCCCUCCGUAUUCCGGGUUUAAAAUUUGUCCUGCGAAUUGGCGAUCUUGCAACCUUACCCGUCCGUCGGGUAGUGGCUUAUCUUCUCAUGGGCCGCAUCUAUGCGCCUAAUGCACCCGCUUCCUCUCUUUGAACAGUGUUAAGGUUUCUUUCUUAUAAUCACUGUUCUAUUAGCAUUGCAUGGACAUGUUUUUCACGUCUUCUUGUAUUUUAUCCACGCAUCGACAUUCCGACCAUCCGUUUUUCCUCAUGAUUAUCAUGGCAUUCACGAAUAACCGUACUGUACGCUUGCGCGUCGAAUAUUUGUAUUAAUAUCCAAUUGUAAGCAGACUUUUGUUGUUCCUCCCGUGAAACUUGGGCCGCUCUAUAAUUUACCACAGGUGUCCCAGCUGAGAUUUAUUUUCCCAUUCUUCUAUGUAGACCGUUACCCGUACAGCUUCCCUCAU